AUAUACAAAGAGAGGAACAGCCUCCAUAUGGAGCAAUCUCAAUAUAUAAAUCCAUGCAUCCUACUCUACUAAUAGCCGGCUAAACGACAUCAUCUACUCCUGUUUUUCUUAUAUAAAUUACAAAACACCACCAUCCAGUUGUAAAAAUGACAUCAACGUUGGCAAGCCAAAAGACGAUAGCAGAUCCAGACAAGAGCAGGCUCAAAUCUCAAAGCAGUGCUUCAAAUAGACUGAGAACAACUACUCAAAGAAGAAGAGCGACUGUGAACGUCAGGGGUGGAAAGAUGAAGGCCAAACAGAAGCAGCAAGCUAACGCUAAUGAAUCAACAAGCAGUCUCUUGAUCAGUAACAAGUAUCAGCCAAGGAAAUUUGAAGAGAUCGUGGGCCAAAAUAUAGUGGUUAAGACCCUUUCUAAUGCGGUCAACAAGAAGAAGAUUGCUCCUCUUUAUCUCUUCCAUGGGCCCAAUGGGACAGGGAAGACAUCCACAGCUAGAGUGUUUUCAAUGGCUUUAAACUGUGAAUCAACUUAUGAUAAUAAUACUAAACCAUGUUGCAAUUGCAAAGGCUGUUCUAGAAGCCUCUAUAUGAUGGAGUUGUGCUCGGGUUCUGGCUUUGAAAAAAUCAAAACACUCCUCAAUAACACCUCUUUAGCUCAAACUGUUUCGGGAUUCAAGGUGGUUCUUAUCAUUGAAGAGUGUCAUCUGUUAACUUUGGAGGCAUGGGACGAGGUUAUGAGUUUAUCAGAUGCUUCAAAUCUUGUAUUUGUGCUCAUAACUCAUGUUGACGUGAGCGCUAUCACUGCAAAUAUCUCAUCACGAUGUCACAAAUUUUACUUCAAGAAGCUAAACGAUGAUGAUAUCGCUGAAAGGCUAUCUCGAAUUAUUGCCAGUGAAGGUAUGGUGAUCGAAAACGAAGCAUUGAAACUCAUCGUUUACAAAUCACAAGGUUCCUUGAGAGAUGCUGAAAAUAUAUUGGAUCAGCUGGCCUUGUUGGGCCCCACCAUCAAUACCUCAGCAGCCAAACAGCUGGUAGGCCUGAUUCCACAAAGUGAACUGCUGGAUUUGCUAGCAAUGGCCGUCUCAGGCGACACCGUAAACACAAUCAGAAAUGCAAAGAAAUUGAUGAAUGAAUGUGCGGUUGAGCCAGCGUCCUUUGUAUCUCAGCUAACAAAUCUCAUCACCGAACUUCUCUCUGGGGAUUUAUCAUCUUCACCACACACAAAUCUCCUAAGUAAAACAAGACUCUGCUACAUACUUAAGUUACUAGUUGACACAGAAAGCUCCUCAACUACAAACAUAAUAGAAGCUUUUCUAGAUAUCACUUCUGUGAACGCCUCAAGCAUGCCACAUUCAUCAUCAUCUUUCGGUGAAAUAACACCGACUCAUGAUUCAGAUGCCAAGAGAGGAAGCUUAAGCGACAUGGAACAACUAUGGAAAGAUGUGCUCAAAGGAAUACAAAGCUCCCACACACAAAAAUUUCUUCAUCAAGCAAAGCUAGCAUUGUUGUCCAUUACCAAUACCAAUGCUUUUGUACAUUUGACUUUUACAAGACGACAAGAUAAGAUGGCCGCAGAAGUUUCACAACAAAGCUUAGCCAAGGCACUUGGAGUUGCAAUUGGGUGUCCGGUUACUCUCCAUAUGAGCCUCGAUGAACCAUCAACCUUUGAAGCAGAUGCUAAAACUAAAAUCGACACAUGGUAUUCUCAACGGCACAACACUAACAAGAACAUCAACGGUGAAUCUUCACAUGGUUUAAGACUCACAAAAUCGAAAUCCUGCUCAACGUCUCAACCAAAUUAUUCAACAAAAGGAAAAGAAGCACGCAACCCAACGUCAGACACAAAAGAUCAACAAACAACAAAUUUGACACAAGCAGUCGACAGGCAGCCUCCUUUAAGACAUAGAUGGUUGUCUUUAUCUUCAAUCCAACAGAGCGAUGCAAGCGUUGAGCCUUACAGUCAAGACAUAAUAUACGCAAAUUUAAUACAAGCAGGAGCCGACUCCAAACAUGCUGCAACACAAAGUAACAAGCAGCCUCCAAGACAUAGAAGAAGGCCAUCUCUAUCUUCAAUCCCACAGAACGAUGCAAGUGUUGAGCCUUACAGUCAAGACGUAACAUAUGCAAAUGUUAACAAUGACAUACUGAGGAACAAAGGUUUCUCAAAGAGUUCCCGUUCACGAGAAUCAGCAGAUCAAUUACGAUCAAAUCCCACAUGGUGCUGUUGAAGCCAGGAGCAGGCCAAGCUUCUGUUCUUAGUAUACCAUCUUACAGGAACUAAACAAAAGAAAUAAAAAGGCCCAUAUAAACUGCACCCUUUUUGGUCAAACCCGAACUCAUUACCAAGCAUUUGGUUGGUUUAGUGUAAUCAGAUUGAUAAUGUGUUGCAAAAAAAAAAAAAAAAAAAAAAAAAAAAGAGAGUGUGGUGUUGUGAGUGAUUUACGUUCAUAUGUAACUAUAAAAAAUAAAAUAUAAAAAAACUUGAGUUGAACGGA